AGAAUGUUGGAGUGCUGGGCCUACUCUGGUCUCGUCUCACGUAUGAUCCUUCCGCUCGGCCUCAACGUUCGAAGCGCGGAAUUGUCGCUCAAAUCGGUGAUGCUUCCCCCUCCUGCCGAUGCAUUGGAGCGUGAAGAACGCCGAGCCUCAGUCUGGAUGGCUCUAUAUCACGACACUAUUGCUAGUGCAGCUUCUGGAUGGGGAACUUCGAUGAACCUGGACGAGCUCACUGUUCCGCUUCCAGUAUCCGCUGCCGACUUUGAAGAAGGACCUGAGCGUAUGCCACCGAAUCCUCAAGAUAUCGAAUCACCAGAUUUCUGGACCAAACAUCCAAUACCAGACUCGUUUGUCAUGUGCGUCAAGGCAUCGGUCCUGUUGAAUCGGGUCAAUCGCUUUGUUCGUAAAUGGAAGAAUCGACAUUUACGAGACGACGAUGAUCUGGACGGCAUGAACAGGCCAGAAUUUAGAGAGCUCGCCAAUGCCAUCGCGUGUUUCCAAAUGAGUUUCCCCGUCAGCUUGAGGAACCCCACUCGACUCAACGCGAAACGAAAACUCGACAUCGACCUCAUUGCGGCGCACAUGAUGCCUCAUGCGGCUGCGAUUUGUCUGUACGAGCCAUUUGCGGACGUUUCUGAUCACACGGAUCAACCAGCAAGGCGAAUCCUUGCGGCUGCCCAGAGCAUUGUAUCGAUCGUUCAGCAACUCGCUGGGACCGUUGGAGACGGCGCCAGCAACUUUUCAUCCAUCAUGCACUCUUCUGCAUCGGUUUGUUUAGUCACAUCGGCCAGGACGAGCUUGCUGUUCGUAUGGAUAUCGAAAUCAUUAGGUGAGCUGAUACUGCCUCGGACACGAUACUGACGCCCUACAGAAUGGCUCUCGGCCAAUUCGGACUCAAAUUCAAAAUUGGACAUCACCACUCUCAGCUCAUUGAAUAUUUCCUCGAUCGUGCUUCGAACCCUACAUAUGAAAAGCUUCAAGCCCAUUACCCAGAACACCCAAGACCUGGAGCGUGAGUGCAUGCGUAGAGCGCCAAACUCCAACUUUGGAAUU